GGUAGCCAAUCAGCGCCCAGUUCACUCUCUUAAAUCGCUUUACAGCGGGUCGUGUGUUUUGGUAGUCUAGGUAGGGUGUGAAAAUGUCCAAAAAGUUAGAGAGUGCGGACUAACUGACCAAUCUUUAUUAAACAACAAUAUAUAUAUUCGCUUUUUAUAUUUAAUGUUGACAGGUCUUGUUGAAAAUGUUGCUGGCGGAAGUCAAAAAGCUGAAAGUGGCCGAGUUGAGGGCCAUGUUAUCGGAGCGAGGACUGGACUCGAAGGGCCUGAAGGCCGAGCUUGUGGUUCGGCUCUUUUCUGCUAUUGAAGCCGGUGUUGCGCCCAUCAAAAGUGGAGAUGAAGGGGAAAAUGUGUGUGAGAAGACCGCAGAACAGCCUCACUCUCAGGAGCAUGAGCCGAGUGUUAGGACGCAGUCUGCAGUAUGCACUAGUUCUACUAGCAAGAGCAUGAAUGCUUAUGCUGAUCAAAGUACCCAGACUGAUCCACCUCAGCUCUGCUCAUGCACACCAGAGGCCGUCACAUCCAGACAACAGCAGAGGAAUCCACAGCCUGUACAUCCCGUCUCCCUGGCAACCGUUGCUACAGGGGAAGAGGAUGCAGAGUCAUCAUCAGUCUUGGCCAUCUCAGAGCCAGAAGCGCCACAGGAUCAGUUGCUUCAUGGAGCUGAGACAGUGGACUCCAGCCCAGAGGAAAACACUGAGCUGAAGAGAGGCAGAGAUUAUUAUGAGUUCAAAGAGGACAUUCAUUACAACAGAGCGAAGACUCCAGAGCUGCUGCCGGAGCCUGAGGAAGAAGCUGAAAUGGAUUUUGAGGAUGUUCGACUCGAUUCCUAUAACUGUGAUCUUCACUUUGAGGUGGAUUCUGACGGAAGCAGCGGUCAGCCGCUCCUCUGGGAGAAAUUCCCUCUGCUUUGGUCAGGGUGCAGGAUGACCCAUGGAUUUUGUCAUGGGAAGGUUGGAUUCGAAGCCAAGUUUGUGAAGCGACUGUCAGCACCUGCAUCAGACACGAGCUACGACCCUGAUCUACACGUGCUCAGAGUGGGCUGGUCUGUGGACAACACGAGCCUUCAGUUAGGAGAGGUGGAGCUGUCGUAUGGUUUUGAUGGACGGGGGAGGAUAGUAACUGGAGGAAAGGAAGAGGCGUUUGGUGAGCCCUUCACAGAAGGAGAUGUCAUCGGCUGCUAUGCAUUCAUCAGUGAGACGGGAGAAGCCACACUUUCAUUUCACAAAAACGGGUGUUCUCUUGGAGUGGCGUUUCACCUGAGCUCUUCUGCUCUCAGAGAUCAAGCUCUCUAUCCCCACGUACUUUGCAAAAACUGUUCAGUUUCGGUGAAUCUUGAUCCAGAUACUCCCUGGCAUCCUUUUCCUGCUGGUUUCUGCACACUAGCCGUACUUCCUCCUGGUCAAAGGUCUCGCGCGUCUUUGCCGACAGGAUCUAAAAGCGAAUGUGAGGUGCUGAUGAUGGUUGGUAUGCCGGGUUCUGGGAAGACCCACUGGGCUCAGGCUCAUAUGCUCCAGAACCCAAGGAAACGUUACAAUCUUCUGAGUACGAACUCCAUUUUGAACUGCAUGAGGGAGCCUCCUGGAGCCAAUCACAGAGAUCUGAUGUUGCAACAGGCCACUCAGUGCGUCAGUCACCUGAUCAAGGUAGCUGCAACCAAGCAGAGGAACUACAUCCUUGAUCAGGCCAACAUUUAUCCAUCUGCCCAGCGACACAAGAUGCUCUGUUUCCGUGGUUACCAGCGAAAAGCGGUGGUGGUUUUUCCACCUGACGAGAUGUGGAGGAGACGUCUCAUACAGCGGCAGCAGGAGGAGGGCAUGGCACUUCAGGAGAUGACUCUUCUUAAAGCCAAAGUGAGCUUCACACUGCCAGAGCAGGGAGAGCAUCUGGACGAGGUGACGUUUGUGGAGCUCGGCUCUGAAGAGGCCCUGAAGCUCUUAACGCUGUAUAAAGAGGAAGCACGCCGCAUCCUACCCACACCUCCUAAACGCAGGAAACACAAACAAGGAAGUCAAAAACGCCUCAUUCAUCAUUGUGGCUGGAGGGGAGGUCCAUUCAGCUGUCACAAUCAACACUCACACUGUGCAUUUCAGAAAACGCAUAGUCGCCGUCCAUCUGCCUUCGGAUGCAGCAGUGACCCACAGAGAUACAGGAAGUAUUACAGACCGUACACUGGUCAGUGGAGCUUUCCUGAGCAAAACCAGAGUUGUUACGGGAGCAUUUAUUAUGGAUGUUCAAGUUAGUCGGAAAGCUUCUGAUAAUCCCAGAACUUUUGUGUAGCAGGAAAAACAUCCCAAAUCAGCAUGUUUUUUGAUUAGCAGUGCUUCACCUUUAUAACAGUAAUUGGUUCUGUCUGUCUGUAAUUUCAUUUAGAAAGGUCAUUGCUUAUAAUGAGGAUCUAGCUUGAGUACCAGAAUGCAGUUUGUUUUUAAAGGGUAGUUUAAAUUCUGUCUUCAUUUACUCACCCUCAUGUCUUGAGAAUCCUGUGAGAUUUUCGUCUGUGGAACAUUAUAGCAGAGUAUUUUUAGGGCUGUUCCAAAUUUUAUAUGGUUUUAUUGUAUUUUCUAAAGACUGAGAAAUCAUGAGAUUCAAUUUUAUUUCAUAGAUAUUUACAGCAUCAGUGUACUGUAAAAGUAUUUCUUAACAUCCAUCUUAUUUGCACUGAAAAUACAUUCAAGAACAUUUUGUAAAUGUGUGUAAAUCUACAGAGCUUCUCUUGCCAUUGUCACAUUUUCUCAUUGUGGCUUGUAAGGGAAUAUUCUCUGUAAAACUUGAGUAUUUAUUGUGAAAACUGCUCUAUCAAUAAACAUGAACCCGAAGUUCCCA